AUGUCCGAUGCCUCGCUGCCCCGGAGGUCUCCCCGAUCGCCGGUCUCCGCUCCUCCUCGCACGAGAGGCGGAAACAGCACUAGCAGCGGCGGCGGCAGCCACCUGAAGCCACCAGCGCCGGGCUCUUCCUGCAAAAACGAGACCCCGAUCCGCCUGGCGCCCCAAGAAGACAUAGACGAUAGCCCCCCGCCGGGCCGCGCUGCACAGUUCCGGGCCCCCGGCGCUCGCAGCUCGCUGGCUAAGCCCAGGCAGUCCGCGACAAGUUGCCCUCGAAGUCCGCCCCCCUCACCGGGGCAUGGUCAGAGGCCGGCUGCCGCGCUCCGGGGCCGCUCUCCUCCUGCUUCCGGGGGGCGGGGGGAGGAGACGCCACCGCAGACAGGGAGACAGAGAAAGAGAGGCAGGAAUUAUUGCCCGAAACCGCCGGCAGGCUCCGCCGACCCUCCCUGCUCCCCAAGUCGCGCGCAGCCCGCUGCCUCCGAGUCCGGCUCGGGCGGCGCAUCCAGGGCGCCAAGCGCCGAAGGCGGGGAGCCGGGGACCCGGGCGCGUCGGGGGCCCGUGGGCUCCCCACGUCGCGCGCGCGCUUUCGGUCCCUCUGCUAUUUUCCUAGGCUCCCCGGAACCCCCGUUGCCUCGCUUCCAUCGCCCGCAACUAGCGCCGCCGCCGCCGCCGCCGCCGCCGCGAUUUUCCGAGGAGGCGAGGGCUGGGCGUCGGAGCCGCGGGCCAGCGCGGAGGCGCCUGGGCCCCGGCCGCUCGGUCGCCCACCAGGACUGGGGAGUUUCUCAUCUCCUUGGAAAGAACUUCGCGCCCGCCGCUGGGGCGCGGGAGACCCGGGCGGGACUCAGCCGGGGCGCUGUGAUGCGCUCUCCCCCUGCUGCGGAAUAG